UUGUUUAUCUCACAUAGUUUUUUAUGGCACAGAAUCUACCUGCGUCAUAGACAGAGAAAACAUAGAGUAAAACCUAAUAUACUCCCAACAGAGUAUACACAUUGAGGUGCUGGGGGUUUUCCCUCCCCCACCCCCUCCCCUCUCUCGCUAUCUUGUUAUCAACGAAAUAGUUUUGUUAAUUACACACGUUCAGCGAACUUGAAAUUCGUUAAAAAGUUGCCAAGCGAGGCGAUUAAAGCCAAAUAUUUGGCUACGAAUUUGGGUCAGCUGGCAAUUUGGCCUGACAACCCGUGACAACCCUGGCCGCAACUCUGGUCACGUGAAUUUCCCAAAAACUAAAAAGCCAUCAGCUGUCGCUUCAUUAUGAUGCUAAUUGCGAGCGGGCCGAGCAAAGAGAACGAAUGAGAAGAAAAAAAAGUGAAGAGGAAAACAAACAGAGCUGAGGAUUAGCUCAGCAAGGCGCAAAUGAUAUGCAACGUGCCGCAUGUAGCAUGCAACAUAGUGCACGGGGCCGCAUGCCGGACCCGGCUACUCCGACUGUCACUUGACCCAUAAACAGUUCGUUUCGCCUAAUCCCGUUAUGCAUGCAUCGGGAUUAGCGUGUGAAAACAAGAGUCCUGCGGGCCAGCCGUUGUCGACUUUACGACACUUUUUAGGUAAUGAAUGGGAUUAGAGUUUUUUUUUCUUUUAAUCCACUCGCCGCGCUGCGGCUAUAAAAAAUGCAAUGAUUGAGCAUUGGCUCGUAAAAAAAAAAGAGAGCGCGCGCGCCGGUCGCUUGCCUGUGCUUCAGGUUGACCUGUGCUCAUGAAUGGCCGCGCGCAGGUCAAAAACUUCGCAAUUUGUCGGGCAUAAAAGCGAGCCGUCGCCGUGCAGACGAGAGCAAACGCAACUGAGCAUUCCGGCAGCCAAGAUGUGCAAUCCACAGCAACUAGAACAACAGCAGCAGCAGCAAAAUGUGGCUGCAACCAGCUCGACCACGCCCACAGCCGCAUAUGCGCUAUACUUGCACCGCGAGGAGCUGCGGCGCCGCAAGGCGCACUCGGCCCGCGCCUCCGCCACAAAGAUACAGCUGACCAGCGAGCUGAUCGCGCGGACGAAGCAGAACAUACGAGUCUGUAGCUUUGAAGAUCUAGAGAUACUCGCCAGGGAGACAAUCUUCAAGAAGAGCCUGCAACGGCAUCUGCACUAUCGACGCAUGCAACUACAGGCCUGGCUGCUGGCCAGGAAGCAGGGCAAGAUCCUCAAACAGGAAUCGAAGAGAAGCAACUGAGAGAGCUACAGUUGAGGAGCUAAGUACUAAAAACAGCCAAAGUGAUAAAUUGCCAGUUGAAACGAAUUUCUACUCUAUAUAUAAUUGUAUAAAAACGUAUACUUUAGAUUAAAAUACAAUUUAAGCUUAAGGCAAACAUUUCCUAAGAGGGGGAAAAACAGCGCGGAAAUAUAUUUAUAUUUCCGGGCAAAACACAACAACAAUUGACAAAGUGCAGCAGAAAUAUCUAACUGAUAUAUUAAUAUAUACAAUCGAUCUAAAUCUA